AUGUGGUAUGGUGAACGCAUAGAAAAGAAAAGGAAGACUAAAAAGCCCAAAUUUUCUUUGUGUUGUGGACAAGGUCAAGUUCAGUUGCCAUUGCUAAAACCUUCGCCUACCAUCUUGCAAACAUUUCUUACAGCUGACGAUCCGUUGAGCAAAUAUUACAGAGAAAAUAUCAGGCAACUGAACAUGGUUUUUUCAUUUACAUCACUUGGUGGUAAAGUUGAGCGAUCAUGCACGGCAGGACCACAAAUGUUUCAGUUACAAGGUGAGAACUAUCAUUUAAUGGGAAGUUUAAAACCACCAGCUGGAGACAAAGCAAAAUUCUCUCAGCUAUACAUUGUUGACACAGAGAAUGAGGUUGAUAAUAGAGCACAUAUUAUCGGGAAGUACAAGAAAACAGCUGAAAAGACCAAAAAGGAACAAAUACGGAAACAAGUGAUAGACAAGCUUAUGAAGAUGCUCGACGAAGUUAAUCCAUACGUUCAUCAGUUUAGAUCAGCCCGUGAUAGGUUUGAUAUCAAUACCCAGGAAACAUUUCAUAUGCGAAUUAUAAGCAGUCGAGACAAGGAUGGAAGGACAUAUGAUACACCGACUGCAUCUGAAGUAGCUGCAUUAAUUCCUGGAGAUUUCAAUAUGGAAAUGGAUAAAAGAGAUAUUGUUUUGCAAGAAAAACAAACAGGAUAUCUUAAGAGGAUAAGUGAGAUUCAUCCUUCGUAUCUAGCACUUCAGUAUCCUCUUAUCUUUACUUAUGGUGAAGAUGGUUUCAGACUUGGUAUUAAAAAGAGAGAAACAGAAGCUACAUUGUUGCUGAAGAGGUCUAAUAUUAGUAUGAGACAAUGGUAUGCAUUUCGGACUCAGGAAAGAGAAAACGAAUGUCAUACGCUGCUGCACUCUAAGAGGUUGUUCCAACAAUUUCUGGUCGAUGGUUAUACAUCAAUAGAAGCAAAUAGGCUGUUAUACAUGAGGAUGAACCAGAAAAGCCUUAGAUCCGAUAGCUUUGAUUCCAUUCAGCAGUCUGGACAGUCAGGAAAGACGGACAUGCAGGAUCAAGGAAAUCGUUUGUACUUACCAGCGUCAUUCGUUGGAGGGCCAAGAUACAUGAAGAACAUGUAUCUAGAUGCAAUGGCGAUAUGCAAACACUAUGGUUUUCCGGAUCUGUUUAUAACCUUUACAUGCAAUCCAAAGUGGCCUGAAAUCACCAGGUAUCUAUCACCGCGCAAACUAGCAGCUGAGGAUAGACCCGAUAUUAUUAACAGGAUUUUCAAGUGUAAAUUGGAUUCUCUAAUGAGUGCUCUGACAGAUGAACAGCUAUUGGGAAAGACAGUUGCCUCAAUGUAUACUAUUGAAUUCCAGAAACGUGGUCUACCCCAUGCUCACAUUCUGAUAUUCAUGCAUCCUCAAUCUAAAUUUCUGACCACCGAUGACAUUGAUAAGAUCAUCUCAGCAGAAAUUCCAGAUAAGAACAUAGAACCAGAGUUGUUUGAAGUUAUAAAGGAUAUGAUGAUUCAUGGUCCUUGUGGUGCAGUUAACAAGAACUCCCCUUGCAUGGAAAAUGGUAAAUGUUCUAAACUUUAUCCUAAGGAUCAUGUUGAGAAAACCUGGAUCAAUAAAGAGGGAUUUCCUGUUUAUCGAAGACGAGAGCAAACUGAUCGCUUUAUAGAGAAAAAUGGCUUCAAAUGUGAUAACAGAUAUGUCAUACCAUAUAACAAAGAAUUAUCCCUUCGUUACCGAGCUCACAUUAAUGUCGAAUGGUGUAAUCAAACGGGCUCUAUUAAAUACUUAUUCAAGUAUAUUAACAAGGGUCCAGACCAUAUUACUGUCACUGUUGAGCCGCCUGAGAAAACAGCUCCAACUGUCACUGUGGAUCCGUCAGAGAAAGCAUCAACAAGGCAAAAUGUCUCUAAAGUUAGAGCUGUAAAGGAACCAGAGAAAAACGAAAUCAGAGACUUCUUUACUGGCAGGUAUUUUUCAUGUUCCAUAACCUAAUACUAAUAUAUAAAGUCUGUUUGAAAUUCCAAAUUUGCCUUCAUUUUUUUUUUCAGAUAUGUGUCCGCCUGUGAAGCUUCUUGGAGGAAUUUCAAGUUUCCUAUUCACUAUCGAUCACUACCAGUUGAAAGAUUACAGUUUCAUUUACCCGGAAAGCAGACAAUAAUCUUCAAGGAUGAUGACACUUUUGAGGAAGUGAUAAGUGAAAAGCUUAUUGAGAACACAAUGUUCUUAGGAUGGUUUGAGUUAAACAAGGUCAAUGCUCUUGCCAGAACACUCACUUUGGCGGAAAUUCCAAUGUUCUUCACUUGGAAUAAAAAGGAGAGGAAAUUCAAUAUCAGGAAAAAAGGUUUCUCUAUUGGUAGGAUCAACUAUGCUCCAAGGAAGAUUGAAGAAGCUUUUUAUUUGCGUGUCUUGCUCAACAUUGUUAGGGGUCCAACAUGCUUCGAGGAUAUUAGAACUUUCAAUAAUGUUGAGUAUCCUACAUACAAGGAGGCAUGUUUUGCAAGGGGUCUGCUAGAAGAUGAUCAAGAGUAUAUUGACGAUAUUGUGAGGGCGAGUUUCACAGAAUCAGCAUCAUCUCUGCGUCAUGCGUAUGUGGUAAUGCUCAUGUCUGGUAGUUUGUCAAAGCCCGAAGAAGUUUGGGAACAGACAUGGGAAUAUCUAUCUGACGAUAUUGAAUAUAGACGGAGAAAGCUUUUAAACAGACCAGGUUAUAUAAAACGGUUUACUCUUUUGGAGAUGGAAAAGAUUUUAAGGAGUCAUGGAACAUCUUUAGACCAAUGGGACAAUAUGCCAAAGCCCGUUCUGGAUAAUGGUGCAAGUGACAAUGUCUUGAUUUUGGAUGAGCUGAGUUAUGAUAGGGAUGAGUUGAAAGCUGAACAUGACAGGGACAUUGGAAAAAUGACAGAGGAGCAAAGGCAAAUCUACGAGGAGAUUGUUGAUGCUGUCGUGAAUGAAAAAGGAGGUGUCUUCUUUGUUUAUGGAUUUGGUGGUACAGGGAAAACUUUCCUGUGGAGGUUGUUGUCCGCAGCUAUAAGAUGCAAGGGAGAAAUAUGUUUGAACACUGCAUCAAGUGGGAUAGCUUCUCUAUUGCUACAUGGAGGAAGGACAGCACAUUCUAGGUUUGCAAUACCUAUAAACCCAGAUGAGUAUUCUACUUGCACACUUAUUCCAGGAAGCGAUCAAGCUAAUUUGGUGAAAGCAGCUUCACUUAUCAUUUGGGACGAAGCACCCAUGAUGAGUAGACAUUGUUUUGAAUCUCUCGAUAGAAGUAUGAAAGACAUUAUGAAGACCAAUGACAACAAACCUUUUGCUGGAAAAGUUGUAGUGUUUGGAGGCGAUUUUAGACAGAUACUGCCUGUCAUUCCCGGUGCUGGAAGAGAAGAAAUUGUACUGGAGUCUCUAAAUUCGUCAUAUUUAUGGAAGCAUGUCAGAGUCAGGCAGCUUACAAAAAAUAUGAGGCUACUUUCAGAGAAUUUGACGGCUGAAGAUGCAAAGGAUCUAAAAGAUUUUUCACAGUGGAUCUUGGAUGUGGGAGAUGGAAAGAUUGGCAAAGAAAAUGAUGGAGAGACAACGAUUAAUAUAUCAGAUGAGUUUCUUAUUACUGAUGUAGAUGAUCCAAUAGAAUCCAUCAGCAAAGCUGUAUAUGGGGAUGUUGUUUCUCUGCAACAGAUUAAAGACCCUAAGUUUUUCCAACAAAGAGCGAUUCUCUGUCCUACAAAUGAGGAUGUCAACAUCAUUAAUCAGCAUAUGCUGGAUAAACUUGAAGGUGAGGAAAGAAUUUUUUUUAGCUCCGACUCCAUAGAUGCUUCUGAUCGAUUCUCAAUAAAUGACCAAGCUCUCACUCCAGACUUCUUAAACAAAAUCAAGACAUCUGGUCUGCCAAAUCAUAGUCUUCGAUUGAAAGUCGGGUGUCCUGUGAUGUUGCUUAGAAACAUGGAUCACACGGAAGGAUUAAUGAAUGGUACUAGACUACAGAUUACAGAGAUGUGUGAUUUCAUGGUGAAGGCAAAAGUAAUUACUGGACGAAAUGUUGGUCGUACCGUGGUAAUUCCUAGACUUUCUAUCACACCAUCAGAUAAGAAGUUGCCUUUCAAAAUGAGAAGGCGACAACUGCCUAUUGCUGUUGCAUUUGCUAUUACCAUCAAUAAGAGUCAAGGCCAAUCUCUAUCCGAAGUCGGUUUGUAUCUACCAAGAGAUGUUUUCUCUCAUGGACAGCUAUACGUGGCAAUUUCCAGGGUCACAUCGAAGAAGGGUUUGAAAAUUUUGAUUCUUGACAAUGAAGGCAAACCGCUUAAGACUACAAAGAAUGUUGUCUUCAAAGAGAUUUUUCAGAAUCUCUAA